AUGUAUUCUCUGAUACUCCAUGGAAGAAGGUUAGUCGAAUUGCAGAAAUGUCGUAGCUUGAGAUUCUCAGUGAACCCUUUGCAAAAUGCUUCUUCUUUCUCCAAUCCCUUCUCCUCUGCUUAUGCUACUGAUGUGAGCUCUGCUCGAAAAGAGAAAUUCGAAGAGUCUCUCAAGAAAGUGGUUGAGAUGGGUUUCGAUCCCACGACCUCGAAGUUCCUCGAAGCUCUCCGCAUUGUUCAGGGACUGAAGAUCGAGACGAUAGAAGAGAAAGUCGAUGUCUACAAAGGUUUAGGCUUUGACGUGGGAGACAUAUGGGCGAUAUUCAAGAAGUUCCCGAUCUUCUUGACGCUCUCGGAGAAGAAGAUCACUCAGAAUUUCGAGACCAUGAAGAAGUGUGGACUGCUCGAAGACGAGGUCCGUUCAGUUGUGAAGAAGUUUCCGCAGUGCAUUGGCGUCUCGGAGAAGAACAUAUUGAACUCCAUUGAAACGUUUCUUGGCUUAGGAUUCAGCAGAGACGAGAUCGCGAUGAUGGUCAAGCGUGUUCCUGCUUGCAUUGGAUAUUCAGUGGAGACGGUGAAGAAGAAGACUGAGUUUGUGGUGAAGCAGAUGAAUUGGCCGCUAAAGGCCGUGGUUUCGUACCCGCAUGUACUUGGAUACAGCUUGGAGAAGAGGAUUGUGCCGAGGUGUAAUGUAAUCAAAGCUCUCAUGUCUAAAAGAUUGCUUGGGAACGGAAGUGAACUCCCUCCUUUGUGGUCUGUUUUGGUAUGUACAGAUAGUAGUUUCUUAAACAGGUACGUGAGGAAGCAAUGUCACGAGGAGCUGGUUGAUGAGUUGAUGGAUAUCUUCAAUGCAGAGACGUGA